GGCAGCGGCGGCAGCGGCAGCAUGGCAGCGCGGCGGGCGUGAGCGCCGGCCCCGGCACCGGCACCCGGCAGGCUGCAGUGGCCAACAUGGAUUUUCUCAUCAUCUGUCCCUUUCUGCUGGCCUUGCUGCUGUCCCAGGGCAGCUUCACAGACCUGGAGAAACAGAGAGUAGACUCUGGCUUGGAAAUCUAUAAGAAGCUGUUUGAGGUGAAGCGCAAGGACCAGAUGAAUGCUCUGAAGAACUUGAUUGAGCUCAAUGACGUCAACCAGCAGUACAAAAUCAUUGACAUCAUGCUCAAGGGACUCUUCAAAGUGCUGGAGGACUCCCGUGCUGUGCUCAUCGCUGCUGAUGUGCCUCCUGAUGGGCCCUUCCCUCAGGAUGAGAAGAUAAAGGAUGCAUACUCCCACGUGGUGGAGAACACUGCCUUCUUCGGGGACGUCGUGCUGCGCUUCCCCAAGAUUGUGCACCACUACUUCGACCGCAACUCCAACUGGAACAGCCUCAUCCGCUGGGGCAUCGGCUUCUGCAACCUGACGGGUGUGUUCGAGCAGGGACCCCACUCCCAGGUCCUGCGGCUGAUGGCUCAGGAGCUGGGAAUCAGUGAGAAAUCGCCUGAUUACCGCAAUCCCUUUAAAACGGACCAGUCAGAGUUUUUCCCCAGUGCUGACACCUUUCAGAAGGCGCUGCGGGAUGAGGAGAAGAGGAGGAAGAAGGAAGAGAAGCGGAAGGAGAUCCGCAAGGGCCCACGCAUCUCCCGCUCGCAGUCGGAGCUGUAGCACGCUGGGACUUGUGCCUUGCAGUGGGGGUGACACCACCGGACACAGAGUGGCUUGCUCCCUUUUUGGCAGCUUUGGGCCGGUGCCUGGCCAUUCCCUUUCCAUUUGUGCUGUGGGUUUUGUUUUGUUGCCUUUCGUUUUUGUUCAGUGGAGGUUGCUGGUGGGCUGGCCCAAAGGGCUAAAGUGGGAUACCCCUUCCACAGAGGUGAAGCACAGACAGGACAGCACUGGGGCCAUCCCCUGGUCAGGGUGUUGCUGCCUGUGGGGAAGCAGGGUGUGGGGGACAGGCCUCUGGUGGAGCCCGGGGAUCCCUCCUCACUGCAGCACACCCCACGCUGGAGGUGCCUCCUCCAGCCCGGGUGGGCUGGGGAGUGUGUCACGCCAAACAGCCUCAUGAGCAAUGCUGCUUCUCUCGGUUUUGCUUUUCCUUUAGCUCAACGGGUGAUCUCAUUGGCACCCCCACUGGGUUCUACCUGGUCUCUGCACAGCUGCUACCUCUGCCAGGUCAGACCUUCCCUUUUCCCAGCGGCUGUUUCACCGAGCAGCGUGCGUUUCACUGUCCAGGCGUAGCUGAACAUGCCGAUGGCAGCUGUUCCUGGCCGAUGGCAUCUCGUGGCUGCUGCAGGUCAUUCCCGCAGAGAGGCAAAUGCCCGGUGAAUUUUUGGACAGGAGGAAUUUUGUUACUCAGCCUCUUUGCAGCCAGUGGGUGCCUGUAGUGCAAGUGAUGCUGAAGAUGCUGGGAACCAGCCCUGAGGCGCUGGGAGCCUGUCCCGCUGCCCACGCCCCAUCCCUUCUCUUUGGGGCUCAUCCUCUAAAUGAGUCCCCUUAGCCCCUUGUCAGGGGACAGCCACGUGGCGACAGCAGGAGCCAACCUGAGGGGCUGCGACCCUCCGCGGGGCGUCUGGGCUGCCGUGGGGACAGAGGCGAGGGGCUGGCCCAGGACACAGCCACCUGUGGCUCCUCCCUGUGCCGGUGGCCUCGCAGCACAGCAGCUCUUCCCCAAGGAGCCGGUUCUCUGCACGGGGCUGGCAGCACCACAGCCUUUGAGGAAAGGGAAACGCCGCGGAUUUUUAACAGCAGAGCCAAGUCCCUCCAAUGAGGGGAGGGGGUGGCAAUGGGCGCAUUUGGUUUUUCUUGAAUAAAAUUGACUUUAUUAUA